AUGAUACCUCGAACUGCAAAAACACUCAACCCUUUCGCACCAGAAUACAACCCUAUACCAUCUGGAGUCACCCCUUCCCCACACGCCGCGGCCCCUUCCUUCCUCCCGCCGCCGCCGCCGCUGCUCUCCACUCCACCAUCCCCGUUUUUCUUACCACAUCAAAUCCUCACAUACCUAACCACAACCUCGCACAACACUCAACAACAAUUUCACCCCUCCACCUACCGCCCCACCCCUCAAAACCGAGCUUCCACAAUCCCACCGCCGCCGCCGCCUCCGGCACCUCGGAAUUCCCAACCACGGAGAGGCUACUCGCGGCGGGGAAGAGGGAGAGUGUCUGGGAGGGAGAGAUCAGGUAGAGAGAGAAGAGGGUUUAGGCCACAAUGUGAGCAAGUUUCGAAUCGGAGCAUGCACAAUGUGGAUAAUAAGCACCAAAUCACGCCUCUUCAGCGUGAUCAAGAUGCCACAACUAUCAUGAUCAGGAAUAUCCCCUACAAUUGCAGUCGAAAAGAGCUGAUCGGAAUGCUUGAUGAUUUCUGCCUGAUGGAAAAUCAGAAAUCACCCAUUCCAUAUGCUUACGAUUUCUUAUACCUUCCAAUUGAUUUUAGGUCUAGGAGAAGCAGAGGCUUCGCAUUUGUGAACUUCACCAGCUCUACUGCUGUGUGGAAGUUCUACGACAACAUGCACCUCGCAAAUUGGGAUUUUCUUCCCCGGUCGAAAUGGAAGAGAAGUAUCGAGAUUGCCUGCGCCAAGAUCCAGGGCAAGGAAGAGCUGGUGAGCCAUUUUUCCAAGUCAAUGUUCGAGUGUGAAAGCGACGACUACCUCCCGGUGUGCUUCACCCCGGCAAGGGAUGGCUCCGGGCAGCCCGUGGAGCUGACCGUCGUCGGGAACAGGCGAUAG